AUGAGUAAAUCCAGGAGAUAUAAUAAGAUAUUGAACAUAAUUGUCGACAUCAAUGGAGAUUGUUCUGAGGAUACCUUCGAAAAAGAUCGCUAUGAAUUAGGCCAAAGCGAAGUUGAUAGUGAAAGUUCUGAAUACACUGAAAGUGAAGAGACGGAAGGACAUUCGGAUAGUGAAGAGGAAAACUUCUUGAAAGUGUGCCAUAACAAGAAAAGGAUGCGUAUUUUUUCUAGUUCUAACUUCGAGGACGAAAGGACGAGUAUUCCAGGCACAUCCCAAAAUGUAACGGGUGAAAUUGAAAUUGCAAUUGACGGGAUACAGUGGAUAAAACUAAAAGCAGGCGGAUCUAGGGGUAGGACGCCCGCUCUUAUGAUAUUCAAGGAUAUCGCAGGGCUUACUGGCUAUGCUAAGAGAAAUAUUAUGUCGGGUUGUGUAACUAGUGCUUUCGAAUUGAUAAUUGACAGACACAUAAUGGAACACAUAAAAGAUUGCACUGAAACCGAGACGUAUGAAGUUUUGAAAAAAGACGGACAAUCACAGUUGAUGAGUUACGUAGUUUUCUAAGAAUUCUAUUUGAAU